GUUGUACAGGGGGAUGCACAAUCUCUAUUUGGUUGCGGGAAAUAUGUUUUAUUUUCUAAAUUAAGAAAUGACCGAAAACUUUUAAUGUAUCCAGUGUUUCAGAUUGUAUCAGCAGACACUUUUAAAUGAGGAUGCUUUCGCCGACAGAGCUGACGAUCAUAUGUUUGAUCAGGAUGGUGUUAUGUCAUUUUUCCGACUGCUUUACAAACUAGCAGGUAAACUUGAAAAAAAUUAUAAUAAUAAGCCGUGGCAGAAAGCUUUACCUUUAUCACGACAUUUGACCGAAAAGACCCGAAAUCGUAUUUUCUGACCACUUUUAUCCGUAUUUAUUCGCUUAUGUGCUGUUUUUGCUUUUCGAUGUUUUAUUUGCUCUGUUUGGAUAAGUUGGACUGGAUUAAAAAGCCAAAGGAUCUUGUCGAGUUAAUGGCUUUUCUAUGGAAAUAGUGCUGACUAUACAUAACCUGUGGUCUGAAUACGAAAAAUCUGUUUAAUACUCAGAAAUAACUGUAUUUGCUUCCUGUUUACGCCGACGAAAGCAACCUGAGGAGUUUAUACUAAGUUUGUGUGCGAUCCGCUAAACCAGCUGUAGCUCGAGCUCACAGCUGUUCAUUAAAUUAGUGUAUCGAGGCGACACCAUUUCGUUUGGAAAAUAAAACAAAAUGCGAUAGACACGGGAAAGCAGUUCAUUCAGUUAAAUUGGAUCGGGUAUUUUGGCGUGAGGCCUGCUGGUCGGGCUUUUGCCGGGUGAGAUUUGGGGGUUAGGCCGCGUCAGAUCGCGUUCAGCCCGGCCGUGAGUGACGCGCAGUCCCGGCGCCAGAGGACGAGCUAUGGAGAGGAUGGAGGUGGACCAGUGCGCAGGCGCAGGAGGAGCCCUCCGAAGGUCGAACAGCGCCCCCAUGAUCACGAACGUCAGCGACGGGACGACAGUAUUCAGCUCUAAUAGUUCGGCUCGGUAUCGUCGGAGCAGCGUUUCUGUGAACCCGAGCUGUCCCUCCCGGACCCUUCCUCUGUCCCCAUUCUCCCUGCCAUGUGAGAGAUCCGAACACAAGAGACAGAUUGAGAAUAUGGAGCUCACUUUGAGAGGGAGUUUGCAGAGACUAAGUGCCUCGCCUGCUGUUCCGUUCCCUCCUGCGAGUCAUUGGCAUGACCAUCUGUCUCCAGGAUUCCAUUCCCAGGACAGCGGUGUCACUCCUAAUUCCUCACCCAGUCCAAUUCGAAGGUUUCGAGGAGGAUCUGUGAGCUCUGGAGUGAGAUGGCCAUCAGUUGCACCUUUGAAAAGGAAAGGUGGAGUGGAAUCGGACGGUCCUCCCAAAAAGCUCUUUGUUGCUGGAGUCACAGACCCUGCUCACAUAACCAGUUACACAGUCAGUGUUUCCCAGUCAGUGGACUCUUCCUCUGGGACUGCUCCUGUCGAUUCAAACACCCAGGCCACCCCCCUGUCCCUCUCCCCUCCGUCCCACUUCACCUCUCACCACCCCAGCAUCUAAACCCCAGUAUUCAUCACAUCAUAGUCCACAUCAUCAUCUUGUAGAGCUUUGGACUCAAGGUGUUGUAAAAUGAAGACCAAACUUCGACCUAAACUCGGUUCUGUCCCUUUUUGUUUUUAAUUUGGUGCUUUGAAUAGAGUAUUUCAGCUCAAUCACUUCUGAAGGAAAUUCGACUUUGUUGUGUGACUUUGAUUUCAAAGGAAAUCAAGAUGCAAUAGAAGAAGACAAAAUCUUCUGGAUGUAUCUGACAUGACAACAUGGACGCUGCAGGCUAUCAUGUGAUUUGUGAAUAAUUAUGGAUCUUCCGUGCCUAUGGAAUAGUUUGUUAUAUGUAUGAAACAGUAUCUGCAAUAACACAUUGCAAUGAAAGUGUUCAGGUAACUGAAACCUGGCGCAUAUUGACACAAAGAACCUUUCCCUAGUGUACAGAAGUGUUCAAGAGAAAGACCAGUUUUGCUCUUCUUUGUUUUCCUCAACUUUUGUAUUUUGGCACAUCUUCAGCUUCCAUUGACAGGGUCCAACAGUCUGGUAAAACGUCCAGAAUGCAUAGAAAAUGGACUAAGGAUAAAGAGUAUUAAAAUCAGUUGGCCAUAGGUGUCAACUUUUUGUAUAAAUGUGUAAAAAAAUGUGAAUAAUCGAAUAUUAUUUUGGUAGGUUAUUAAUCCUAUGUUUUUCUCUUGCGUUUAUCCGAGGGCUCUGAUGUCUGUAAAUAUGUUUAUUUUUCCAUAUAACUUUUAGCUUGGACUGAACUUUUUGAGUUGGAAAAAUAUUCCUUAAAUCAUUGGAAAGGAUACCAGCGAAUUCAGGCAACUCCCACAUUUUAAUUCGCUUAUCGCUUACUUGAAGGAAUAGUUCACCCAAACAUGUAAAUUUGCUGACAAUUUAUCUACCCUCAGGGCAUCCAAGAGUUUGUUUCUUCAUCAGAACAGAUUUGGUGAAAUGUAGCAUUAAAUCACUUGCUCACCAAUGGAUCCUCUGCAGUGAAUGGGUGCCGUCAGAAUGAGAGUCCAAACAGAUGUUAAAAACUUUACAAUAAUCCAGAAAUGAUGAAGUUAAAAUGGCUUAAAUUUUGGAUUUGGACUCUCAUUCUGACGGCACCCAUUCACUACAGAAGAUCCAUUGGUGAGCAAGUGAUAUAAUGCUACAUUUCUGCUGUAAUGCUAAAUGUAAUGCCAUCUCUGUUCUACUGAAGAAACAAACUCCUCUACAUCUUGGAUGGCCUCAGGGUGAGUACAUUUCCAGCAAAUGUUUAUUUUUGGGUGAACUAUUCCUUUAAAACAAGUACUGUAAAGACUAGAUGUCUCACCUUGCAUCUACAAUCCAAUGUUGGAGUAUACGCAAAGCACUUUCAGUGAAAAGUCCAUAUCAAAAACUGACCUAGAGCCUUAGAAUGUAUCCCGUCUGAGGCAAGAUGCUUUUCAGUACUGCCGCAGUGUGAAAAAUCAUUAGUCAAACAGUUUUUUCCCUCCUAAUGAAACCCUAAACAAGACUUUUAUAUUGUCGAAUUAUGUACAGAAAUUGAGGAGUUAAGAUACAUGCAAGGGUUAAGCUGUUGCAUUACAAAACCAGAUGAAUCGUUUCUACAAUCACAGUUUCAGCGGAUAUCAUACUCUUCCUCUUGUACUAUUUGCACAGUGUUAGAUGUCAAUGUUGCUGUUACAUGAGUGGGAUCAUAUUUACUUUUAUUGUAAUGGGUCUUGUUUUGUAUGUUUUAAUUGUUUGAAUCCUUCCACCUGGGAAAUAUUUUCAGCUCUUUUAAAUCGAUCUGCUUUUUGUAUAAAAGCAGCAGCUCUGGAUUGUGGCUUUCAUUAUGGCGUUUGAGCUGGAUGGAGCUCAUUGGAAAUUUAUUAUCCAAAAAGUGACAUGCUGCAGUUAACUGAACUGGAAGCCCUUCUAAAGCAAAUUUACCAUGAUACAUCACAGCAUUAUGCAAAUUAUUAGAUUGUGGUGCAUGUUACAUUGUUAUUUAUGAAUGUGUAAAGGCACUUGUUGCAGUAUGUACUUCAGUGUCAAUGUAAAAAUAUAUUUCAAUUAUUGAUUCCCAAAGUCUUUAUUGAAUCGCCACUAAAGUUGCACAACAGACAUUUGGAAGCCGUUCCUCUGUUUCCAUAUUCAUGUAUCAGGAGGAAUACAGCUCAUUCUUUGAUAUAAUGUCAUUGCCUUUUAUUUUUACUCAUUUCGUUUUAAAUUCAAUGAUAAUGCUUUACAGGUUUUGAGUUUUGAAGUUUUAAUUCCAAAGUUACUUUGCAGUGUCAUCUGCAAUUUCCAGUUAUUGGGGUCCUUUGGAUUUCAAAGUUUGAUACCAAUGUUUAUGGGUCUUUAAAAGUGAUUACAAAUGUGCAAUAUGCAUUAAAGUUGCUGGAAUUAGUAUGUCAGGUUCAUCUGGAUAAUCAGUUAAGUUCAUUGGGAUACCAGGUAUUUAUCAAGAACCUGAACGAAAGACUUGACAGCUGUUUGUUCUGAAUCGUUUGUAUAAUCUAGAAUAAGUACCAUGUGAUUUAUUUUUCAGAUUUGCCAUACACUUACUAUGACAGGAUCUGUUGUAUCUGUGUGUCGGAGAGAGAAUCAUGAUUAGUCCUCUGUUCUCCUUAAAUGACUGACUGGUGUUGUGAAGAAACUAAAUGGAUUGUGAGCACACGAAAAACAUUGUAAAGAUAUGCCAAAGCCGAUAGAGUUUGCCUAUCAGUUGUUCAAGUUGUAAAUAUAUUCUGGAAGCCAGAAAAAUUAAGGGAAAGAUGGAUAUUGUUUUGACAUUGGUAGCAAAAGUAAAUUUAUUCCCUCUCAGUUGCUCAAGAUGAAUGUCCAAUUAUCAGAGAAAAAAUGUCAUUUUCCAUAAAAUGUAUAUUAUACCAUAUAUUCUUAUGAAAAAGAUCAUAAUUAAAAACUCAUUUUAUUGA